GAGCCCGGCAUGGCUUCUUUGCGAGCCUCUUCCACAGCAACCAAAACCAGAGCACCUGAUGACUUCGUUGCUCCUGUUGUGAAGAAACCACACAUCUAUUAUGGAAGUUUGGAAGACAAGGAAAGGGAACGCCUUGCCAAGGGAGAGUCUGGAAUUUUGGGAAAAGGAGGACUUAAAGCAGGCAUUGAAGCAGGAAAUAUUAAUAUAACUUCUGGAGAGGUAUUUGAAAUUGAAGAAUCCAUCAGUGAGUGGCAGGCAGAAGUAUUGGCUGAGUUUGAAAGAAGGAAGCGAGCUCGACAAAUCAACGUUUCCACAGAUGACUCAGAAGUCAAGGCUUGCCUCAGACCCUUGGAGGAACCCAUCACACUUUUUGGAGAGGGCCCUGCUGAAAGAAGAGAAAGGUUAAGAAAUAUUCUCUCAGUGGUUGGUACUGAUGCCUUAAAAAAGACAGAAAAAGAUGAUGAGAAAUCUAAGAAGUCCAAAGAAGAGUAUCAGCAAACCUGGUACCAUCAAGGACCAAACAUCCUGAAGGUGGCUAGACUGUGGAUUGCUAAUUAUUCACUGCCCAGGGCAAUGAAACGCUUGGAAGAGGCCCGUCUCCAUAAAGAGAUUCCUGAGACAGCUAGAACAUCCCAGACGCAAGAGCUGCACAAAUCCCACAGGUCUUUGAAUAAUUUCUGCAGCCAAAUUGGGGAUGAUCUGCCUAUCUCCUACUGUCACUUUAGUCCCAAUUCCAAAAUGCUGGCCACAGCUUGUUGGAGUGGGCUUUGCAAGCUCUGGUCUGUUCCAGAUUGUAACCUCCUUCACACUCUUCGAGGUCAUAAUACAAAUGUAGGAGCAAUUGUAUUUCAUCCCAAGUCCACUGUGUCAUUGGAUCAGAAAGAUGUCAACCUGGCCUCUUGUGCUGCUGAUGGGUCUAUGAAGCUCUGGAGUCUUGACAGUGAUGAACCAGUGGCAGAUAUUGAAGGCCAUACCAUGCAUGUAGCCCGAAUAAUGUGGCACCCAUCAGGACGUUUCCUGGGCACCACCUGCUAUGAUCGUUCAUGGCGCUUAUGGGAUUUGGAGGCUCAAGAGGAAAUCCUGCAUCAGGAGGGUCAUAACAUGGGUGUAUAUGACAUUGCCUUCCAUCAAGAUGGUUCUUUGGCUGGCACUGGGGGCCUGGAUGCAUUUGGUCGAAUUUGGGACCUGCGCACAGGAUGUUGCAUCAUGUUCCUAGAAGGCCACCUAAAGGAUAUCUACGGAAUAAGUUUCUCCCCCAAUGGCUACCACAUUGCAACUGGCAGUGGUGACAAUACUUGCAAAGUGUGGGACCUUCGACAGCGGCGUUGCAUCUCUACCAUCCCUGCCCAUCAGAACUUAGUGACUGGGGUCAAGUUUGAGCCUAUCCAUGGGAACUUCUUGCUCACUGGUGCCUAUGACAACACAGCCAAGAUCUGGACCCACUCAGCUGGCUGGUCUUCACUGAAGACUCUGGCAGGCCACGAAGACAAAGUCAUGGGUCUGGACAUUUCUUCUGAUGGGCAGCUCAUAGCCACUUGCUCAUAUGAUAGGACGUUCAAGCUCUGGAUGGCUGAAUAGGCAAGGCCAUGGGAGAAAAACUCACCUCAAGCUGCCCCUUAGGAGCCAUUUUUCUCGAAAGAAAAAAAAUUGAUGUAUUUUAUUUUGUUCUAUCAUGUUUCUACAGUUACCAGGUAUAGAUGCUCAAUAGAUUUGAUUUUCACAUCAACUCCCAAGCAGCCCAGUCCCUACAUGGUGGUAAAUCCCUUUUGUGAUUGAAAGUUUAUUUCUCAUCUUCAUGCCUUGCCAAGAAUUAUGUAGGAUGUUGUUUUUAUUAAUUUUUGUUUAAAUGUCCUACCAUCUUACAGCACUCAAAAUUGUGAAUACACUGAAUUUUAGUUCUCAAAAACUUGCUUUUUCAUGGUACAUGCUUCACGACUGCAUAUGAUCCAUUCAGCAAGUAAGGUGAUUGGACUGUAUUCCAGAAGCCCUGGCAUAACGAGGAGCAGCUGGCCACUCACUGGUUGAACAGUGCCUGACCUGACAGUGACAGCGACCCCACUUCCUGUCCUAGAGAAUGAGAGAGGAAGCAGUAGAUCAUGUAGGAAAGUUGCUCGUGCAGGAAAGAGACUGGACAUUUCCUGUGGAAUUCACUUGAAACAAUGCCUGCCUUAGGAAACUCAGAACCAAACAUCUACUUGGUCAGAGCAGUCUUCCAUGUUGCUUUAAGUUUGACAUCCUAUUACUCUAAAGCACAGCCAUUGUGUCAGGAUUCAAAGAAAUUUUUGAAAUUGCACAGCUCAUUUGGUACAGCUUCCUUUUCUGUUGGUUAAAGGAUGUACUUCAUGUAUUACAGGGUAUGUCAUGUCAGAAUAACUGGAAAAAAUCCCUAAUGGGCAAAAAAAAAAA